AUUAUUGUCACAUUUUUGGCAGUCAAAUCUUCGGGUGUUGUUGUGUGAUGUCCUUGUAUGUUUUAUUUUAUGUUUAUAAAUAAAUUUCCAUGCGAUGAAAACUAAACUUAUAACUGCAUAUUAAAAACAAAGAUAAAAGAUUGAUUAACAAUAAAAUAAAUUCUUAUUUAAGUGACAGCGCAAUGGAAACCAGUGCAAUGGAUAAAUUUCCCGAAGGAGAGUCUUGGAGACGACGUUGUGGAUGUUUACGUACUAGUGACAAGCUGAAACAUAUCCUCAACUGUUUUCCGAGCCCACCUCCACCCACACCAGACAAUAAAAAUAAUAUCAAUCAUAAUAAUAAUAAUCUUGGAACCACCUGCAUAUCUGCAUAUUGUACGAACGUACAUCAAACGAGAAUGGGCAUGCCAAAUUCUUGCAUGGACUCCCUACAUGAUUAUGAUGUUUCUGAUGAAAAGGCUCUGAAAAAGUCGAGCGAGAAGUCAUGGAGAGUGAUUGGUGACGUAGUACAAUUAAUACAACUGUCGGUCACGGCCACGGCCCUGGCUCUCUACUAUCUUAUCUAUUGCUACAUGCAGCUCAUUUAUUACACUUUGCGAAGCGCCCUCUACUUUCAUAAUGCUGAUGGGGCCAUGAAAAUAACAAUAGCUGUAGUGACGAUUACGUCAUUAGUGGUCGCUUGCAAUUUCUUGAUUAAAAUAGAGCGCAUUUUAGGAUUUUUUUACUAAAUAUUGGUUAAUAAUUGUAUAAAAUACAACAUGAAGUAAAUUGUGAUGUUUCAGAUGUUUUUCUAUAAUGGAUUAUGAUUGUUAUAUUGCUUUGUAUUUUUAUUAGCUGUUAAUUUUUUUAAAAUCUUUUCGAAUUGUAAAUGACUUGGAGCUAAUAAAGUUUACUAUUUGUAAUGAUAA